AUGUUGUCAGCGAAUACGACUUCAGGCAAAUACUGGAGAAAAUGCGGUGAAGAGGCUCUUAAGAACAAAGUGAAAGGAAUCAUCAUCAUAGGCGCUCACUGGGAAUGUCUUGGGGAUCAGAUCCAGGUCGCAACUAAUCCGAAGCCCGACAAAACUCCUUGUCCAUUUUCUAAUCAAGCGGAUUGGGUGAAUUGGAAGCCUAAUCCAGACGUUGAAGGCGCAAACCGCUGUAUCAAACUGCUGGCUGCCGAAGGGUACAAUGUGUCCGGAAACUCGACUACACCAUGGCAUCAUGAUGUGUUCAUGGUGUUGAUUCGCAUGUUUCCAGACGCUUUGACUUGUCCACCUACGGUGAUAUUGUCAUCGAAUGCACGCUAUGAUCCACACUAUCACAUGAAGAUGGGUGCUACUCUGCGCAAGCUUCGUCACGAAGGCUAUCUAUUCAUUGGUACGGGAGGCGCUGUUCACAACCUCUACCGCAACGUCUGGUCCGAUAUGCUUCUGUAUCGAGAGUCCCUUGGUCAAGAAAGGCCACCCGAGGAAUGGGCUCUCGAGUUUCGUCAAGCUACUGAAGACGCGAUCACACAAAACUCCGGUCCAGAACUCAGGGCUGCACUCGUACGGUUGAUGAAACAUCCAGCUUACCGUGAUGCACAUGCGACGGAUGAGCACUUCAUCCCAGCUCUUUUCUGCGCCGGUGCUGCUGGAGAUUGGGAGGACGCUGGCAGCAAAAAUAUACUUGGUGCCGAGUCUUGGGAGUUGACCAACAUGUGCAAUUCGCAAUAUACCCUAGGUGACUAUGGCUAUAGUGGGCCACAGGCACGAGCCUCGGGAAUUGUAGCUGCUUGA